AUGGCCGAAGCCAAACGCCAACGUACCGAACCCCAGUAUGAAUUGCUCUAUCAUCCUGUAAUCCCUGGCAGAGGCGAGUUCAUUCGCUUGAUGUUUGAGGCUGCCGGUGUCAGCUAUGCCGACGUCGCCAACGACAAUCCACCAGACGACUCUGGAGCCAACGGAUAUGGCUUAGUCCAAGCUAUUACAAGCCCCGAAAGCACUGGAGAUGAAGAUGGUAACCCUCCUGCUUUCGCGCCACCUGCUUUGCGUGUUCACGAGACCGGCAAGAAUGGGAAAGCGCUCGUGAUCUAUCAGACACCCAACAUCAUGUUGUAUCUCGGUGGCCCUCUGAAGCUUGCUGGCUCGGACGAACCAGAGAAGUACUAUGUCAACCAGCUUGCUUUGACUGCACUUGAUCUCAACAAUGAAGCGCACGAUACACACCAUCCUGUUGCCGUUGCGAAGUACUACGAAGAACAAAAGGAUGAAGCACUCAAGAAAGCAACCGACUUCCGCGAGAAUCGCUUGCCGAAGUUCUUCAGCUACUUUGAACGUGUACUCAAGCACAACAAACCAUCAGGACAGGGCAAACAUCUCGUGGGCGAGUCUUUGACAUAUGCGGAUCUUGCUUUGUGGCAAGUCGUUGAUGGACUCAAGUUUGCUUUUCCCAACGAGAUGAAACAUAGAAGCUCGGAGUCACCAUUGUUGUUCGAUCACUUCUACCCAAGUCUGAAGGGCGAGCCUUGGUUGAAGAAGUAUCUGGAUAGCAAGAGGAGAAAGCCUUAUUCCAUGGGUGUCUUCCGACACUACCCUGAGCUUGAUCGUCAGUAA